AGUGGAGGUCUUAAGGGGAGCGGAGGAUCUCCAGGGUGUGAAGGUUCUCCAUUCGGGUCCCAGGUUUACGGGCGCGCGGCGUGGCACAACGAUCUGUACGCCAUCGUGUACGCCUGGUACUUCCCAAAAGGAUUCUCGGGGCCUUCGCCGUCAAGGCGCCACGACUGGGUCAGUGCGGUCGUGUGGCUCGACAACCUAGACGUGGCCACACCAAAGAUCAUGGGGAUUUCGCUGUCAAACUCCGACGACAAGUACAAGAAAGACCCG